CACACACCACAGACGCGUGUGGUUGACCGCAACGGGCUCUCGGCUAUGUGUGAAGACACGCGCGGCACGCCAAAGAAGCAGCACUACUGAAUCUGACGCUCGCUUUGUAGCAGGACCGCCAACCAGAUCGCAUCGAAAACCAUCCUACUUUCUCUCUCUCUCUUUUUCCCACCCUCUCUUUUCAGUUGUACUUGUGUGAACAGAGCUGGAGUAAAGGAAAUACCCCCCUCCCCCCAUCCCUCUCUCUCUCUCUUUCUGUCUGCCCUGUGGUGGGAUAAACAGUGAAAAGAUGAGCCUGUGAUACAGCACCAGACCUGAGUGACCUGACAGCUCAAACUAAUCCUGUUCAGUCAAGAAGAAAUGCUGCCAGUUGAAGCCUAGUCUGUGAUAGCGGUGGAAAACAACCAGUCUACUUCCCGGAAGAAUACAAGACUUCUCUGAUCUGGUUCGUCGGACAGGGUGACUUGCCACGCUCCGACUGCCCCCUUCUCCCCACAGAAUCAGACACCUCUGUGGUUGCAGUGAGACCCCACCUGCUCAGCCACAGCUGUACAUGGAGACCCCCAGUUGGGCAGAAACCAAACCAGGAAACGGGUUGUGUAAAACAGGAAGCAUUGCUCUCUUUGGAAACGUAGUGUAUAGUGGGCUACUGAACGAUCACUUCUGGCAUUUCGGGGUGCCCCUUGUCACAAGACUGGGUAACCAGGAGGCCCCAGCUCCCCCAGAAGCCAUGGCUCAGCCGUAUGCUCCAGCGCAGUAUCCUCCCCCUCCACCUCAGAAUGGGUUGCCUGGCGAAUACACCCACCCUGGGCAGGACUACACGGGGCCCAGUCCAGUCCCUGAGCACGCCGCAGCCCUCACUAUCUACACACCCACACAGACACACAGCGAGCCACCUGGCACUGACAGCAGCACGCCGUCCCUCACAGGGACUAGCAGCAUACCACAAGCGGACGAUGUGGUGCAGACAGACGGCUCUCAGCAGCUUCAGCUCCAGCUCCAGCCCUCAGACUCUUCGGAGAAGCAGCAGCCCAAACGGUUACACGUCUCCAACAUUCCCUUCCGCUUCCGUGACCCAGACCUCCGGCAAAUGUUCGGGCAAUUUGGAAAAAUUUUGGAUGUGGAAAUUAUUUUUAACGAGCGGGGCUCUAAGGGUUUUGGUUUUGUAACUUUUGAAACAAGCGCAGGUGCAGACCACGCACGGGAGAAAUUAAACGGUACAAUCGUAGAGGGACGCAAAAUUGAGGUAAAUAAUGCAACGGCACGAGUAAUGACAAACAAAAAAGUGGCCAACCCAUAUACAAACGUGACAGGCUUCCCCUAUCCGACCACAGGGGCAACGGUGGCUUACAGGGGCGCCCACUUGAGAGGCAGAGGUCGUGCAGUCUACAACACGUUCCGCGCCGUGCCUCCAUCCCCUCCCAUUCCUGCUUACGGAGCUGUGGUUUACCAAGAUGGCUUCUACGGUGCUGAGAUCUAUGGUGGCUAUGCAGCAUACAGAUAUGCCCAACCAGCCGCAGCAGCUGCAGCGGCCUACAGUGACAGGUAA